UCACCAUACAUACCCCUCCAUUACUCGGCAACCACCCCUGCUGCCUCGAUACAACUAUGCGCCCUGCUUCCAGUGCUCGUGCAUCAUGACGACCAUUCCGAUGAACCUCAAAGACCCACCCUAAACCUAUCCCAGUUCCUUGUCCGCCACCCAUUCAUCCCACCUUCCGCCCAGCAAUGGGGUCGCGACUCGAAAACAACUCCAGUUCCACGCGCAAGCGCAUCUCUAGCCAUACCUUUGACGAUGAGGAUGGAGAAGAAUACGACGGGUCCAAGUUUGGCGGUUUCACCGAUUAUUUCAGGCGCAAGAAGUUGAAACUCCAAAACCUCGACGCCGACAUCCGCGCCCAAGCCGGCCACAAGCCACCCAUCUUCAAAGGCAUCGUGGCCCAUGUCAAUGGCUACACCCAGCCGUCCCUCAACGAUCUUCACACUCUCAUCGUCGAACAUGGCGGCGGUUUUCUGCAGUACCUGGAUGGCAAGACCACCGUCACUCACAUCAUCGCCAGUGCUUUGACACCGAAGAAGGCCGUCGAGUUCCGGAAAUAUCGUAUUGUCAAACCAUCUUGGAUCGUGGACAGCAUAGCGGCGGGGAAACUACUCCCAUGGAAUAAUUUCCGAGUUGUAGACGAAGGAGACAAGCAAAAGUUACUUGGAUUCGACGGUAGUAGUGUCGUUAGCCCUGCUCCAAGCAGAACAAAGGGAUACCGUGACCAGUCCGACAAUAGCUGGUAUACGGGUCAACUGCGAGACAGUCCAAGGACCGCAUUUUCAAGCUCAUAUUUACCCCCCUCCAGUCAAAUCCCACCCCUCUCUAGCCAGCUACCGCCCCCUUCCAGUCAGCGCCCACGGUUCGCUAGACCGAGACCCCCUACACCUGACGACGAUAUUGACGAUUUACCGCCAUCACAUCAGCCAGAACCCCCAUCCUCCUCCGAGCCUCUGUCGUCGCAGACACGAGAUACACUAGAAGAUCGCAAGAAACUUAUCACGCCACCCAAAACAAGUCCUUCUCUCAAAGCACAGCAAGACCAGAACGAUGACGUACUCGAUGAAGACGACCUAUACGCAGAUCCGACGCCUCCAACAAAAAACGCGAAUGAUGCAAGGGCCCACCAUGACAAACAGCUCAGUGCAGAAGAGCAUAACGCGAUAUUGCUCAGCGAUCCUAAAAUACGCAAGUCAACAGUUGUGGACCCCAACUUCCUCGAACAGUACUAUCGCGAAUCUCGUCUGCAUCAUCUCUCCACUUGGAAAGCAGACCUGAAAUCACAACUGCAGCAUUUGGCAAACGAGAAAAGCGCGUCGCAAACCCUCAAACUAAAGAGACCCCCAGGCGCGAGGCACUACGUUCUCCAUGUUGACUUCGACAGUUUCUUCGCUGCCGUGAGCUUGAAAAAGCACCCACAGUUCAAGGACAAGCCCGCUGUCGUCGCACAUGGGAAUGGAACCGGGUCUGAGAUUGCGAGUUGUAAUUAUCCGGCAAGAAAGUUCGGAGUUCGAAAUGGCAUGUGGAUGAAACGGGCCCAAGAGCUAUGUCCAGAUCUAAAGAUACUGCCGUAUGAUUUCCCGGCCUAUGAAGAAACUAGUCGGGCAUUCUACGAUUCCAUUCUCGCCGUUGGAGGUACCGUGCAGAGUGUUAGCAUUGACGAGGCAUUGAUAGAUGUCUCGAAUUUGUGCAUAUCGGCCGGUGGCAGUGAUGGUAAACAUGUCACUGAGGGAUGCAUUGACCGCGAACAAGCAGAGGCGGAAGACAUCGCGCUGUCGUUGCGUGACCAGGUCAGAGCCAGAACUGGCUGCAAUGUAUCCGUUGGCAUUGGCAGCAACAUUCUCUUGGCCAAGGUUGCCCUGCGAAAAGCAAAGCCCGCAGGUCAGCAUCAUAUAAAACCAGAAGAAAUGCUCGACUUCAUAGGGAGCCUCCAAGUGCAAGAUCUACCGGGAGUCGCGCACUCCAUAGGUGGCAAGCUUGAAGAGAUCGGGAUCAAGUACGUCAAGGAUAUCCGUGGAAUCUCCAAAGAGCGCAUCGUGCAGGUCCUAGGUCCCAAGACUGGCGAAAAACUCUGGGAAUAUUCACGAGGCAUCGAUAGACAGGAAGUGGGGGAACAGGUUGUUCGAAAGUCUGUUUCCGCCGAAGUGAACUGGGGUGUACGAUUCGUGAACCAAGGCCAGGUGGAUGAGUUCAUCGGUAACUUAUGCGGGGAACUGCAUAAAAGACUUUUGAAAGAGAAGGUGAAGGGGAAACAGUUCACGAUGAAAGUCAUGCGCCGUUCCCGUGAUGCUCCAUUAGAUCCUCCGAAGCAUCUUGGCCAUGGAAAGUGUGACACUUUCAACAAGAGCAUAGUACUCGGCGUAGCCACAAAUGCCAAAGAGAGUAUCACGAAGGAAGCGUUGAGCAUCCUGAAGGGGUUCGGUUUCUCUCCAGGCGAACUGCGAGGUAUAGGUAUACAGAUGACCAAACUCGAGGUAAUGAAAAACGCUACAGAUGGAGGGCUCGACGGUUCUCAACGUCGACUACAGUUCAAAGUCGGCAACCCUGAACCUAAGAAACCUCGCCAGAUCAUAGAGACUGUUGAAGCAGAUCCUAUUCAAGAUGAACCCGAAACUCCCCAGAAAAAGAGAUCUGCCACCGACGACGAUCAAAUUUCGUUCGGUCCGGCCGAACUUAAUCAUUCUACGCCGUCACGAAAACCCCUCAAUAUGCUCGGAACACAGUUCAUUAUGCCCACACAAAUCGACCCUAAAGUACUUGCAGAGCUCCCUGAAGACAUACGCUCGAAGCUCUCGCGACAAGCUCGCCAAUCCUCACCCACCCCCGCAGGACGACCACCCCCUAACAAGCCAGCUCCCAAACGGUCCGUGCCGUUCGCUGGUACAGCGCUCCCUGCGCAGUCUCAGUUGGAUCCUGAGAUUCUCGCUGCACUCCCACCAGACGUUCGUGCCGAAGUCCUCUCUCAGUAUGCUGCCGGCUCGACUCCUCACUCACCAUCCGGACGGAAAAAUCGUCUCGACCAGACCAUCCUCCCACAGUCGCCCCGGAAGAACCGAAUCAUUGGCAUUCCCGCAAACCGUCCCAUCGUCGCACCGGUGAAGCGCGGCCGAGGACGUCCGCCUCGAUCGGCUCAGCUUGCGGCUGCGGCACUUGCAACUGCGAAAGACAACAAUGGUCGAACACUCACUCAAGCAAACUUCAUCAGCAUCAAAUAUCCAGCCCGGGACAACAGUCGAGAAACUUCACUAGAUCUCUCUGUUGCGCGUGCACCUGCGGUCAGUAACAACACCAGCGACGCCACUAAACGAAACACAAGAGGGAAAGGGAAAGCGAAAGAGACUGCUGUUCCAGAACCCAAGAAUUCGGACGUUCCCUCUGAUCUUGACCUUGAUAUGGAAUUCCUCCUCGCGCUCCCACUAGACAUUCGACAAGAAGUCAUACGGGAGAACAAACGCCAACGCCAAAAAGCAAUCGCCCAAGCCGAGGCUGCCAGACUCAACCAACCCAAAGAAAAACCGCCACCAUACACCAUAAAGGUCCCGCGGCCCAAAAAACCAACAUUCACAAAAAAGCGACUACACCGUGCUCCGGACGUGCGCAAGGCCAUCAGAGAAUGGGUCAAAGCCUUUGCGGAGGAUGGACCAUAUAAGGAGGAUGUCAAUGCGCUUAUAAAAUAUCUACGAUCGGUUGUAUGCGACGAAAAAGACAUGGCCAAGGCUGCUGGGAAUGUGGAUUGGUUGGAGUGGGCUGUCGGGGACACUGCAGAUGGCAUUGGUGAAGAAGCGUUUGCGAAGAGUAAGUGGGACGAUGUUGUUAAGAAGAUCCAAGAAGGGGUGCGGAAGGCCGGGGUGAAGAGGGGUGUAGGGGGUAUAUUCUUUCGUUGA